GCCAUGUACCUCUGGCUGAACGCGGAUGACGUCCGGCAGGCCCUCCAUAUUCCCAGCAGCCUCCCAAACUGGGAGCUCUGCAGUUCCCAGGUGCGGGCGCACUACCAGCGGGAAUACAAGGACAUGGCUCCCUUCUACAAGUCUCUGCUGGGCCAGGACCUGCGGGCACUGGUCUACAACGGAGACGUGGACAUGGCCUGCAACUUCCUGGGGGCAGAGAAGUUCGUCCAGGCUUUGAACCAGUCGACGCAAAGCGGGUUCCAGCCCUGGUACUACAAGGACCAAGUGGCGGGGUUUUUCAAGGAAUAUGAGAAGAUCACAUUCCUGACGGUGAAGGUGGCUGAGGACAACUACCAGGCGCUGCAGAGCUUCUUUGCGAAAUUCCCAGACUUUGCCAGCAACCCGUUCUACGUCUUCGGGGAAAGCUACGGCGGCGUCUACGUCCCGAGCCUGACGGCCAAGAUCGCAGCUGGAGACGCCAAGGUCAACCUGAAGGGGUUUGGCGUGGGCAACGGCAUGACCAACUAUGACCUCAACGACGAGACCCUGAUGGAGUUCUGCUACUCCCACGGAGUCUUUGGAGAUGACCUGUGGACCUCCUUGAAUGAAAACUGUUGCAGUGACGGGACCUGCAACUACUCCGACAACGACAACAGCAACUGCAUCACAGCCAUCUCGGAGGCCUACGGAGUGCUUUACGGGAUUGGCCUGAACAUAUACAACCUCUAUGCGCCCUGCUGGGGAGGGGCCCACUACCAGGACCGCUACCAAGCCGACCUCUCCAACCUCUUCCGCCAAUACCAGUUCAAUGUCCCUGUGCCGGCAGUGGGCGCUAUCCCAGGAGUGCCGGCGUGCAUAAACGCCACGGUCAUGUACCUCUGGCUGAACGCGGAUGACGUCCGGCAGGCCCUCCAUAUUCCCAGCAGCCUCCCAAACUGGGAGCUCUGCAGUUCCCAGGUGCGGGCGCACUACCAGCGGGAAUACAAGGACAUGGCUCCCUUCUACAAGUCUCUGCUGGGCCAGGACCUGCGGGCACUGGUCUACAACGGAGACGUGGACAUGGCCUGCAACUUCCUGGGGGCAGAGAAGUUCGUCCAGGCUUUGAACCAGUCGACGCAAAGCGGGUUCCAGCCCUGGUACUACAAGGACCAAGUGGCGGGGUUUUUCAAGGAAUAUGAGAAGAUCACAUUCCUGACGGUGAAGGGUGCCGGGCACAUGGUCCCGCAGUACAAGCCUGGCCCGGCUCUGAAGAUGUUCCAGUGCUUCCUCUCCCAAACCAGCUACGUUUGAUCCACCAUCAUGGCCUUGUCGUUAGACUCCGAACGCCUGGGAAAGAGUCUGCAAUCCUGCUCAGAACCAACCUUUGUAAACACACUGUAAACAUAACUGAGGCCACGUGUAUGAUAUAUAUUUCUAUGAUGAUUCCAUGUUAUUAAAAUAAAUUAAUCAUG